UCGACUAAGAGCAGUUAACUUAUAGUAAAAUAUGCGCGGAUACGAGUGAAGUCCAUUCAGAGCGCGCAGCAAUAGAUGAGAAUGAUUUAAAAAAAGAACAAUUACAAAACCCGUGAGUACGGAUACUUGUAAGAGUCAAAUCAAGUACAUGAUAUAGGAAGUAGUUCUAAUUAGGUGCAGUAUAACGAACGACUCCAGGGAUCCGGGCGGACGGUUAUUGAAUCGAUUCAAUAAUUAAACUAUUUAAAACAGGGUUUGGAAGAAAGAGUCGGCUUUGGCCAGCCCUCGCCCCAGCGCUUUUGGGAAGGGUUUUAUUUUGUGUUUCCACUGAACGCUAAUGCCCUGAUUUUGAAAGCCUGUUUUUUUUUUUCUUUAAAAAAAAAAGUCAAACCAGUUAUCCAAUAAAAUGGGAAACUCAAGAUGCAUAUCUAGUAGAAGCCGUCUUGAAACAAUGCCAUGUUUUUAUUGAUUAUCAAAAGAGCGCGCAGACUUUACCCCAGAUGCAAAAAGGCACCGAUUCUAAUUCAGCGUGCACGCUCGCUCGAGAUAUGGAGCGUGCUCAUCUGCUGACGUGUCAUAUUCAUAUCUGAUGAAAGAAAGGAGCUGUCUUCGUGCAGAAAUACCCUUCUGUCGAUUGCAGUCCAGUGGAAAAUCACCUCGCGCUGAGAGAGCUCGUUGCGGGUUUUUACUGAGACCACGAGCCACACUGAAUAUCUUGUGAAAGCAGCGUGCAUUAAACAGCUCCACAGCCUCUAUGUAGAUACACAUGAACCACAAGUUAAAAAUACACGCGUGCCCACAUGGAAACAGUACAACAGGAAGCACCAACGCGUGGUCGUUUCAGAUGGACGGAUCAAUCAAUAAGUUCACCUUCCCCGAACCAGACCCGAGCACCACGCCUGUCUGACCCACACAGCACCGCCCUUCAUUCCACUGCCUCGGGUCUGCAGAGCCCUGUGAGGCGGAUUGCAAACGAGCGCCUUGUCUCCAUGGAGCGCUUAGUGCGUAAUAGAAUGACCCGCAUUCUAACUGUGGCAACUUUCUACUCUGAAGUUUUUCUGUUUCUCAAUGCAAAUCCCGCUUAUUAUUUCGCUCGGGUCGGACAGCCCGUUACCUUCUCCUGUGUCUUCAAAGGGAAACUCCAAUCUACCGAUCGACUCCACUAUUUCCGAGACAACCCGAGCGGGGGAGUGAGCGAGCUGUUCCCUGGUCAAUGCGGAGAUCCGGGCUCCCAAUGCAGGAUCACCCGCACCGUAGAGGACAAUAGAGUCACGCUAACAAUCCGGGACACCCAGAGAAACGAUAGCGGGAGAUAUUACUGCGCUGAACGGAGUGGCAGCUACCUGAGAUUCUCAAACGCGUCCGUUGUGAUCGUGUCUGGAGAUGAUUCCUCUGUGAAUCGGUCAGUGUCUAUCCUGGGCCCCCUGGCUCUCUCCGGCAGCUCGCUCGAUUCCAACGCGACCCUGACAUUAGUGUGUCUAAUCCAAGGUCUCUCCCCGCCCUCGGUCCUGGUCCGUUGGUUCAUCUCCGGUAACCUCACGGAGGAGGGAACGCCGAGCUCCUGGAUCACAGUGAAGCAGGGCGGAGAGGGAGAGGGAGAGGGCGAGAGCUACGCCGCUACCAGCCCCCUGACGAUCCCGGUGGAGACUUGGAGAAACGGGGAUGAGUGCGCAUGCGAAGCGCAGUUGGACGGGAACACUUCUAUCCGCAGCGGGAGCAUUUCAUACGCUGCGAUUUACGGGGCGGGUCUGGUUGCAGAGCGGUGCCUGGUUCAGUACGCCGUGUUCUCCGGGGUCUCCCUCCUCGCUCUCUCCGCGGCUCUCUCCGCGGCUCUCUGCGGCUGGGCGCUGUGGACCCGCCGCCGCUUCAAACCAGCGUCCACUGAAGACUCCACCCCUGUAACUUACAAAACGACCCCCGGCAGCGGAGAUGCAAAGAGGAGAGGUGAAGAGGACAGCCUGGUCACCUACGCGAGAUUGGAGUUUGAAUCCCAGAAGAAGAACCAAAUGAAGAGACGCAUAUAAUAAUAAUAAUAAUAAUAAUAAUAAUAAUAAUAAUAAUAAUAAUAAUAAUAAUAAUAAUAAUAUUUGUCCAGUAAUGAUUUUGCUGGGGGGGAGGACCUACCUAAUAUAAAAGAGGUCAGUAUGAGGGUGUGGGAGGGUGGAGUUUACUGUCUGACGUCAGUGAUAGCCUAAGUAUGUGAUUAUUGUGUUUCUAGACAAUUAAUUCUUUUUUGAUCCAGGAUCCGUGUAAAUAGUUAUUUGCUGAUAGAACUUUUUUUUUUGUUGCUUUUUGUUCACAAUUAAAGUAUUUGUUUCUUUUAAUCCUCACACUGCGUGCCGGUCAGUCUGUCUGUCUGUCGGUGUGUCUGUGUGUCUGUCCCAAUCCUUUGUGUGGUGAUGCUGCUGCGGUCUGUUUCACUGCAAGGCACUGUUAACAUUGGAAUCGCUCAAACCACUUGUACUUUCAACAUGCCACC